AUGGAACAGCCUACCGCAAAGUGCAAGAAUGGGCAGAUGACGGAUUUUGGUACCAUGACAUUCCCUUCUCGGAAGCCCGACCUGUUUGCAAACAUGGUUCAGAUCAACUGGCAGGCUUCAGAUCGGGACGAGUCUGCCACUACCACCACCACCUCGGCCGAGACUUCGGCCACCGCUUCCGACUCCGACUCGACAUCUGAUUCCGCUUCCGCGAGUCGCAGCAACCCCAACCUGGUCACAAUUACGAGAACCCUUUCCGCAUCGCUCACCACCGAGACUUUGGAUAGCACAGGGUCAAAACAAGAGGACACGGACACGGACACGGACAAGCCAGCAAUGGGCAAAGGAGCAGUUGCUGGCACGGUUGUUGGUGUGAUAAUGUUUGUGAUUCUCUUCCCCGUAGGGUGGUUAUUCCGGAGGAACCAGCAAAAGAAAGCCGCCGCUCAAGCUUCCCCUGAGGCCGGCGAUGACAGCGACUCUGCUGUUGACCCCACGAGGUCGCUUGUGGGAACGGAAACUUCCAGAGCGCCUGGUUCUUCAGCCGCUGGAGCGCCUCAGCAAGUCUACGCAGAUUACCCAACGCAGGAAGUCCCAGGGGAUCAUAAGCCUUAUGCGGCUGCCGUGUACUCCGUUUCCCAACUGGACGACACCAAGAUCACACCCGAGUUGCCCAUCCACCACGAGAUCCACGAAGUACACGCUCCUGGUGCGCACACAAUCCCUGAGCUGCCUGGACACAGCGAGGUACACGAGGUUCACGUCCCUGGUGCCCAUACAACACCCGAGCUGCCUACUGAGCACCCGGCAACGAGAAGCCGACGUCUCAAUCCGCCACUCCAUCCGCUGGCUCUCCAGCUCCUCCAGCGGCACCGACAACCCCCACCCUCGGAACCCACCUCAACCAUCGUCCUCACCUCUCCCAGCGGCCGCUUUGUUGAUCUACGCAUUCUCAAACAAGACCCUUCUUCCACCGACCACGCCUCUGUCUUCAGCCAGACCGAACCUAAAGCCGAAGAAGCCAAAUCCAAAACCCUCCCCGUGUCCCGGCUAGACUGGGCCAUAGCCGGCACCUCCACGCACACCCCCACCCGCCCUACUAUCGGUUACUACGGGCAGAAACUGAUUUUGCCGGAUGGACGCACGGUGAAUGGGAGUGUGGCGGAUUUGAAGAAGGGGAAAUACCCGUAUGUGAGGGGGAGGUGGACGCAUUGGGUUGAUUCUAGGGUUGUGUACUCGGCGGAUAGUAAGAAUGGGGAUGAGGCACCGGCAGAUGAGGGGGAUAUGUACCGAAUGCCGGAGGAUCAGAGGUUGACGCUUGAGAAGGGGAGGAUGGUUAACCCUAAGACGGGGAGGGAGGAGGAGUAUGAGGAAGUUUGGGGGCCGGAUGAUGACGAUGAGGAAGGUGAGGAAGGGUCACAGUCGCGAUGUGUUGUUUGGGAGAUAGAUGAUGAGGCGGGGAGCAAGAAGGGGAGGAUUGUGAGGGUAGGAAGAUGGACGCAGGGGAUUUUGAGAAGGGGGGAUGAGUUGUUGUGUGAGCGGUGGAAGCUGAUGGGUGCAGGUGGUGAGGAUAAGGAGAGGAGAUGGAAGUUGGAUGCGAGGGUUGGAGGGUAUUUUGGUGGUGAGGAGGGGAGGAAACUGGAUGAUAAGGAUGAAACCCUGGCGUUUCCGGAAGCUCUUGUUGAUAUGAUGAUUACUGCGGGAGAGCCAGGAAAGGAGAGGAAAGUUGGGGAUACGGUUAAAGGAAGUAAUGGUGAUGUGUGGACGCUGAUGGAGUGCGGUCCUUGA